AUGAAGACUGUUGAGGAGCUGUUGGAUUUUUGCUUCCUGCACGCUGAGCAGUUGGCAACUUGCAGUCUCCUUUGCGCUGCCAAGUUACACGCACUGGCGGUGCGGACCCAGAGAAGCCCAGCGAGGCUCGCGGAGGACGACGAGGUGCUGGUGAGACUGCGGUGGUCGUUUCUGCUUAAGCCAGUGCUGUUCAAACCGCUGUUACAGCAUGCCGUCGCAUUGAAGACUAUGUCACGCAAAAUCAUGACAUGGAAUAGUGAAGAGCUGGGACGCCUUGUGGGGCUGGUCGAUGUUACCGAUCGGGUGGCGGUCUUGGAGGAGAUGCGUGCUAGCAGAGACGAGUUGGAGCGUGGAUUCAGGGCUGGCGUCGAGCACAUUCAUAGCUCGGCGUCAACAUCGAAGAAGCAGUCAGCCUUGGAAACUCUUGUGGCCGAAUACCUCAAAUCACUUUCAGACGAGAAGAGAAAGUCACUGAUGGCAGAGCUCGAACGAGACCUGGACGAGGCACCUCCCCACUUGUUUCCGUCCGUCUUCCUGUUCUUCGGAUUAAUUUUCAAAGCGAUGACCUUGUUUUCGGUCCCUGAAGAGCAGGAGCAGGACCAAGUCGUAGAAGCAGUUAGCAUCCUCUGCGCGCUCUUUGACCGACGCAGCCACGACCCCAGUAGCUACCUGGAUGUUCUGAGUCUGCUGAACAAAGUCAAUCUGUCCAAGAUUCUUCCUCCGCGCACAAUGCGCCAAGUUUCAAUCCGGCUCGGCGCCUACUAA